GCUCCUUCUCUCCACAAUCUUUUGCGAACAUCACCAACCUCCGUCAUAGUCCCUUCCGUAUGUUGCGUGACGCUCAACAUUCACUGCAAUCGCGGCUUCUGUCGCCGUUCCUUCCUCGCUGGCUCAGAACGCACCACAGUCGGUUACCAUGGACGACCACGAGCAGUCGCGUCCUGAUCACCACCAGGAUUUUCCCCCCGAAUCUCGUCUCUCCUCCUCCUCUCCUCACCCUUCACAUAACGAUCAGCAAGAAAGCUCGUUCGAAGAUUCUCAUUUCUCCUUACUUUCGAUUCCAAUCCUUGUGAUCAAGACCUUGUUCACUUCCAACUCACUUCUUCCUGAUUUCUUGAUAAAUCCCAAACCUGCUGUCAAAAUGACACCCCCUCAGAACCAGCAGGCGCGUAACAACCGCCGUGCUCACCCUCAGAACUCUUCCAUGCCCCCCCCGCCCUCUGCUCCUCCAAACGAGGUUGGAUUUUUCAGCGCUAUGCUCCACGGUCAUUACGACCCAGCUCACCCGUAUGGGAUGCCUUACAAUACCAAUACCAAUGCUAUGCCCUACGUUCCUGGCACCUACGCGGACGCAGGACCGGCUCUCAACACAACUCCCUCUGUUCUUGGAACUUACGCGGACGCAAGCCCUGCAACGGCGCCUCCAACACCCAUGUCAUGGGAGUACAGCACCCCUCAGAACACGGGAGAGAAGAGAAGCUUCGAGACCUUUAGCGCUCAGGAUGCAACUGCAGCAAAUAUCGACCCUUCACAACAGAUUCAUGCCGAGACCGAAAACUCUCAGGCUGGCUUCCCUAUUUGGGGCCAAAAUCAGAACGCAAAUGCGUCGAACCAUAUUGCCGAGCCCAAUAGAGCUCAGGCCGGUUUCCUUCAAGAGAGAAGCCAUAGACAUCGCUCAAAUCCUUCACUCUUUUCCACCAACACUCAUGCCGAGACCGAAAACUCUCUGGCCGGUUUCCAACAAAGGAACCGUAGACAGAACGCGAACGCCAGGCGACAAGUUCACGCCGAGAUGAAUAGAUCUCUGGGCGGUUUAUCCACUGAAAACCGUAUGCUGAACGCCAACGCACAACCUUUUUAUCCUCAGAGGAAUAGACCUCAGGACGGGCAUUUCAAUAGAAACCAUAUCCCGAUCGCAAACGCGUCAAACAAUUUUCGCCCAAAUGGCAACGAGACCAAUAGAUCUCAGACUAGCUAUCCCAAUGGUGGUCUUUUCCAGAAUACAAACGCACAACCUUUUCAUGCCGAGACAAGAAGAUCUCAGGCCGAUAGAAAUCGUCUAUCGAACGCAAAUGCGUCAAACAAUUUUCGCCCAAAUGGCAAUAGAUCUCAGACUGGGUAUCCCAAUGGCGGCCUUUACCAGAAUGCAAACACACAACCUUUUCAUGCCGAGACAAGAAGAUCUCAGGCCGAUAGAAAUCGUCUAUCGAACGCGAACGCGUCAAAUAAUUUUAGCCCAAAUGGCAGCGAGACCAAUAGAUCUCAGACCAAUUAUUCUAAUGGUGGCCUUUACCAGAAUGCAAACGCUCAAGCCAAUGAUGGCAGACUGAAUACGCAGAUUGUCGCCGGGACUGGGAGGUCACCAGCUUCCCCCAGAAAUUUUACUCAACACGAUAAUUCUACUCCAUCUACUCCCACCCUUCAUAUUCCUGGUGCAUUUGGCACACCGGAGACACCGACACCAAUUAUACCCGAUCGAAGUUAUCAAAUUAGACGCCCUCUCCCUUAUCCUAUUCCCUCGCAACAUCCCUCCCGCCGAUUAUUUAACAGAGUGGUCAAUAUUUCGCUUCAAGAUUUGGGCGCUGGCCUUGGUCAUACUGCAACCUUCACUGCAAAGGCUGCUACAGCGCUUUGCCGAGGGGGCCAAUCCAUCAUCUGGCCCCCUCCUCGCGCUGUUUCUUCUAUCGCAAGGGCGGUCCGUCCGACCGCCCUUGCGAUAGAAGAAACCUAUGAUCGCGUCAAGCGAAGAGCGGUACACGCCAUUGCGCGUGUACCGGAAACGGCUAGAGUGGUGUCGCACCGACUAAAUGAGGUGCGACGGCACUCUAGCCGUCGCCUGAGGCGGUCCCAGCUCGACCGCCUCAGGCGGCAAUCGCCUAUUCGGGCGACCAGCGCCGCUGUUGCACCUACCAACAGCGGCGCUGGUCGCCCCGAGGACCUUCUGGCCAGCCUUAGGCCAGAAGGUCCUGAGCUCGUCGAGCUCAUGAGCGGCCCCUCCGGGGCCGUUCCCGCGGCUCCCCUUGCCGAUCAAGGGGAGCCAGCCAGUUGCAGGGGGCCCACUGAGUUGCAGGGCCUCCUGCAACAACAACUUGAAGCGACACUCCGCGAGGCCGCGGAGUUUGAGGAGCGGGUCGAGAGGGAUUUGCUGGAGAGGCAAAUCUCUCUCGACCUGGAGAGAGCGGCUGCUGCGGCUUCGCCCGUGACGGCCGAUUCUCCGUCCGACUUGUCCUCCCCUCCCCAGGGGAGACGUGUGCGCUGGGAGCACACGCCUGGGGGCGGUGUGAGGACAACGGUAAGAAAUUACCAGGUCGGUCGGAGGAUCGACAGCACGGGCGAAAGCCCAGUGGCCGCCUCUGAGGAGGCGGACAGCCAGAAACCUCUCCGGCGUGUCCUGCGGGACACACCCGCCAGACGGCGGCGCCAGCACCCCCUGCACCAGGCCAACUAAAGCAGGGGGGUGCUGGUGCACCGCCGUCCUGGCGGGACCGCCUCCGGUCCUCCUCGGGCCAAGCUGGAGGAACAGAAAGUUCCUCCACUGACUGCACGGUGUCCAAAGAUAUUUUGGACACCGUGCAGAGAGAUUUGGAAGUUUUCCAAAUCUCAGAUAGACGGGCGGCGGACCGCGCCCA